AGUGGAGGACCGAGGGCAGUCCUCCAGCUACUGGGAGAGAAGAUGGCUGCAGCGGGGGUUUUCAGGCCAGUGUCUGGAGACAGUGCUCUGCGCUUUAUGGUUCGGGACGAGUAGCCUCUGUUAUUUUUUGAGGUUGCUUCGAGGAUCUAAACGGACUAAAACAUGGGGUCUCAGACACUACAGAUUUUGAGACAAGGGGUAUGGGCUUCUAUUACAGGAGGCUGGUAUUACGAUCCCCAUCAAAAUACAUUUGUCAAUGCCUUGCACCUCUACAUUUGGCUCUUCCUGCUUUGUUUCCCCUUUACGCUUUACAUGGCUCUGCCCUCCACCAUGGUGAUAGUGGGCAUCUAUUGCGGUGUCAUCGCCGCCAUGUUCCUGCUACUAAAGACGGUGAAUUACCGGCUGCACCGGGCGCUGGACGAGGGCGAGGUGAUAGAGCACCACCGCGCUGGCGAGCUCGGCGGCCGAAGCGCGAAUCCAGACAGCGCCAACGAUGCCAACGCCACCCGCCGAGAGGAUAGCAAUGGGCCAGGGGAUCCUGGAGGGGGGAUAGAGAUGGCAGACUUUAUUCGGGAAGUUACUCCUCCAGUGGACUGCAGCUCCAGAAACUCCUAUGCUGGGAUGGACUCCAGUAAUCAAAUUGCUUCCACACACGGAGGUACGACCACAGCGAGAGGCACAGAGAUGGGAAAAACCUCAGAUGACAUCAGCUUGAGUCUUGCUCAGAGCUGCAGCCUUUGUAAGGAUGGAAGUCAAGAACAAGACCUCACUUCGGACCCAAAGAUGUACUGCAUGGUCUCCAAUGACUCAUUCGCCUCUCUGCAGCCCUCCACCUCACUGGGACCACCGGAGCUGGCCCGGGACCCUGUAGAACAGACCAUGGGCCCUCUCUCACAUCACGUGGACCAGUCCCUGUCGGCUGCCCUUGACACGGAGGCGGCUUCUUUAGUGCCGCUCCACUCACAGUCCUACCGCAGGGACUCACGGCCUCGGGGUCUCCCGCGGACCUCCAGCUCAGCGGGCUCGGCCUUCCCUGACCCUUCGCUCCCAGACUUCAGCCUCUACCCCCAGGCCAGGAGGGGUGGCCUGGACCCUGUGUGUGAGCUGGAAACCUCUAAGCACCCUAGCUGUGGGGCGGGGGAUACAGGCAGCCAGCUCGGUCAGAUGUUGAAUGACCAGGCUGCCUCAUCCUCCUCCUCCUCGAGGGGACUGGAGAGUGGAGACUGCUGCCGGCACUACCAAAUGGAGGCUAGGAAACUGACCUCCUCCGUUUCUCGAGAGGCAGGUGAGGGAGGUUCGGGCCUCUACCAGGGUGGGCAUUGUAGGUCCCGGAGCGGACAGGGCAAAUCUCUGAGAGGGGAACAGAGCGCCGACAGCCUUCGCAGCCUGAGUACACGGAGCAGUGGUUCCACAGAGAGCUACUGCAGCGGCACAGACCGUGACACUAACAGCACUGUCAGCAGCUUCCGCAGCGAGCAGACCAGCUCGACGCAUGUGGAGAGCCUGCUGUCUCUUUCUGGGGAUGAGAAGAGCAAAGACCGGGGAGACUCCACUUUCUCUGCUGCCACCGACAGCAGGACUCCAGGGGAAGGCGGCCUCAGCCCCAGCUGCCCGAGCCACAGCAGUAGUUCCCGGGGGCUGAGUGCCCUUGUCUCCGGAGAGGCGAACAGAAACCCCCACGCCAACGAGCUAAGCACCAAACAGCAGCCCGAGUCUGUCCCCGCACCACCUGAGCUUAGUGAGCCUUGCAGCUGUUCGGAGGAGUCCCGGGCGAGGACAAGCAUGGAGAGUAGCUCCAGGUCAGCAGCCAGGGACAGGGAGAAGGAGGCUGUGCGCCCAAAGUCGGCCAACUUGAUUCACCGGACUACUUCCUCCUCUUCGGGGCGUAAUGGGCGGAGACGGGGAGGGAAAAAGCGGGCGAGCAGUUUUGACGCUAGCCGCCACCGGGAUUACGUCUCGUUGCGCGGCAUUGCCAAGCCGCGCAGUGCUGUUUUCGCAGCCGAGGAGGACUCCAGCGACCAGAGUGACCUGAGCCGCACCUCCAGCCUGCACUCGGCCCACCGCUUUAGCACGGACAGCUCCUCCAGCACCACCUCCCACUCCUGCCAGUCCCCCGAAGGCCGCUACCGCGCUCUAAAGGCUAAACACGGGGGAGCAUCCACUUCCUCCAAGGGCCAAUCCGGCUCAGAAGGAGGAGGUGGUGGGGGGCGGAGGCGCUCCUCGCGCCGCACCCCAAGCACCAGUAGCACCAAAACACAUGCCCGUGUGCUCAGCCUGGACAGUGGCACCGCAGCAUGCCUUAACGACCCCAACAGGCUGAGGCCCCCCACCAACGCCCGCCCCCUAACCACCUCCAAGUCUGACCUGGAGGCCAAGGAGGGCGAGGUCCUGGAUGAGGUGUCCCUGCUGGGCCGGGCAUCGCAGCUGGAGUCCGUCACCCGCUCCCGGAACAGCUUGCCCAGCCAGACAGCCUUUUCUGAGUGCCAGGAUGCAGGAAGCACUACGAGAGGGAAGUUCACACCUCCUCUCUACGAGGCUGGGGGCUGCGACGUGUCUCUGGUGAACUUUGAACCUGCUACAAGACGAGCAUCAAACAACAUCUGGGACACGGAUUCCCACGUUUCCAGUUCUACCUCAGUUCGCUUUUAUCCUCAUGACCUAAUCCAUCUGAACCGUUUGCUGACCAUUGACCCUGAGCUUUUGGAGCAGCAGGAUGCUGACCUGAGCCCGGAUCUGCAGGAUGCCUCGCUGCCACCAGAGGGAGCCACUCGUAAAGCCAAGCAGUACUACCGCUUCUGGCUGCUGCCCUACCUGUGGAUCGGUGUGAACUUUGACCGCCUCACGCUGCUUGCCCUUUUCGACAGGAACCGGGAGGUUCUGGAGAAUGCCUUGGCAGUUACCCUGGCCGUUCUGGUGGCAUUCCUGGGCUCGGUGCUUCUCAUCCACGGGUUCUUCACCGAUAUCUGGGUUUUUCAGUUCUGCCUUGUCCUUGCUAGCUGCCAGUAUUCCCUACUGAAGAGUGUGCAGCCAGAUUCCUCAUCGCCACGACACGGCCACAAUCGGAUCAUCGCCUACAGCAGGCCGGUGUAUUUCUGCCUGUGCUGCGGCCUCAUCUGGCUGCUCAACUAUGGCAGCGAGAGAACAUCUUCGGCCCGCUUCACUCUGUACGGCGUGGCCUUCACCAGCUCGCUGCUCCUCACGUCCGCCAGGGACCUCGUCAUAGUGUUUACGCUGUGUUUCCCCCUCGUGUUCUUCAUUGGUCUCCUCCCACAAGUCAACACCUUUGUUAUGUACCUCUUCGAGCAAGUGGACAUUCAUGUCUUUGGAGGAAAUGCCUGCACCAGCCUGCCCUCUGCCCUGUACAGUGUUAUUCGCAGCCUGAUCGCCGUGGCCAUGCUGUACGUCCUCUGCUAUGGCGCUUUGAAGGAAUCGUGGGAUGCUCAGCACAUUCCCGUGCUCUUCUCUGUCUUCUGCGGGCUGCUUGUGGCCGUCUCCUAUCACCUGAGCCGACAGAGCAGUGACCCUUCAGUUCUUAUCUCUUUGGUGCAGUCUAAGAUUUUUCCUGACCUUAAGGACAAAAACCCAGAAGAUCCUCUCUCAGAAGUGAAGGAUCCCUUACCAGACAAGCUCAAGAACUCUGUAAAUGAGCGCCUUCAAUCAGACUUGAUAGUCUGUGUGGUGAUUGCAGUUUUAUACUUUGCCAUCCAUGUCAGCACGGUGUUCAUUGCUUUACAGCCCUUCCUGAGCUAUGUGCUGUAUGCUUUGGUGGGAGCAGUGGGAUUGUUGACACACUACCUGCUGCCUCAAGUGCGCAAACAGCUGCCAUGGUACUGCUUCUCCCACCCUCUAAUCAAGACCAAGGAAUAUUACCAGUUUGAGGUCAGAGGGGCUGCUCAUGUGAUGUGGUUCGAGAAGGUGCACGUCUGGCUGCUGUUUGUGGAGAAGAAUGUGCUGUACCCCCUAGUCAUCCUGAACGAGCUGAGCGGCAGUGCCAGGGCAAUCGCCAGCCCCAAGAAACUGGACACGGAAGUGGGGGCUCUGAUGAUCACCAUUGCUGGGCUGAAGCUCCUGCGCUCCUCCUUCAGCAGCCCCACCUACCAGUAUGUCACCGUGCUCUUCACCGUCCUCUUCUUCACCUUCGACUACCGCUCGCUGUCCGAGACCCUGCUGCUGGACCUCUUCCUCAUGUCCAUCGUCUUCAGCAAGCUGUGGGAACUGUUCUACAAGCUGCGCUUCGUGUACACCUACAUUGCCCCCUGGCAGAUCACAUGGGGCUCGGCCUUCCACGCCUUUGCCCAGCCCUUUGCAGUGCCUCACUCGGCCAUGCUGUUUGUCCAGGCCGUGGUGUCGGCAGUCUUCUCCACACCCCUCAACCCCUUUCUGGGCAGCGCCAUCUUCAUCACUUCCUAUGUGCGGCCCGUCAAGUUCUGGGAGAGAGACUACAACACAAAGCGGGUUGAUCACUCCAAUACCAGACUGGCUUCUCAGCUGGACAGAAACCCAGGUAGGACACUGCUGGUGUUCAGAUGCGAUGGAUGGCAAGCUGUGAGGAGGGUAUUUAUUUGGGAACCCUGUGCAGGGACGUACUGCCAGCAGCGGGAGGUGGAGGCCAUCACGGAGGGCGUGGAGGAGGACGAGGGCUGCUGCUGCUGCGAGCCGGGACACCUGCCCCACGUGCUGUCCUUCAAUGCGGCCUUUGGGCAGCGCUGGCUGGCCUGGGAGGUCCUGGUCACCAAGUACGUGCUGGAGGGCUACAGCAUCACUGACAACAGCGCCGCCUCCAUGCUGCAGGUGUUCGACCUGCGCCGCAUCCUCACCACUUACUACGUCAAGGGCAUCAUCUACUACGUGACCACCUCAGACAAGCUGGAGGAGUGGCUGGGCAAUGAGGCCAUGCAGGAGGGGCUCCAGUGCUGCAGCGACCGCAACUACGUGGACCUGGACCCCACCUUUAACCCCAACAUCGACGAGGACUAUGACCACCGCCUGGCCGGCAUCUCCCGAGACAGCUUCUGUGCCGUCUACCUCAGCUGGAUCCAGUACUGCUGCUCCCGCCUGGAGAAGCCCCCAGCCUGUGACAAGGACUCGGCCCUGGUAACGCUGUCCUACGGCCUGUGUGUGCUGGGCAGGAGGGCACUGGGGACUGCCUCCCACCACAUGUCCAGUAACCUGGAGUCUUUCCUGUAUGGGCUCCAUGCCCUGUUCAAAGGGGAUUUUCGAAUCUCCUCUGUCCGGGAUGAGUGGAUAUUCGCGGACAUGGAGCUGCUGAGGAAGGUGGUCGUUCCGGGGGUCCGCAUGUCUCUCAAGCUGCACCAGGACCACUUCACCUCCCCUGAUGAGUACGAGGAGCCGGCGGUGCUGUACGAAGCCAUCUCCACCCACCAGCAGACCCUGGUGAUCGCGCACGAGGGCGACCCUGCCUGGCGCAGCGCCGUGCUCUCCAACUCCCCCUCCCUACUGGCGCUGCGCCAUGUGAUGGACGAGGGCACCAACGAGUACAAGAUCAUCAUGCUGAACCGCCGCUACCUCAGCUUCCGUGUCAUCAAGGUCAAUAAGGAGUGUGUUCGUGGACUGUGGGCGGGGCAGCAGCAGGAGCUGGUCUUCCUGCGCAACCGCAACCCCGAGCGCGGCAGCAUCCAGAACGCCAAGCAGGCCCUGCGCAACAUGAUCAACUCCUCCUGUGACCAGCCCAUCGGCUACCCCAUCUACGUCUCCCCGCUCACAACCUCCUACUGCGACUCCCACGGCCAGCUGCGCCACAUCCUGGGGGGCCCCAUCAGCAUAGGAAACAUCCGCAACUUCGUGGUCGGCACCUGGCACAGGCUGAGGAAGGGCUGUGGAGCCGGGUGCAACAGCGGCGGGAACAUCGAGGAGUCAGACGGCGGGGGCGGGGCCUCGUCGGGCAGCGGCAGCGGGGCGGGGCUGGACCCCCAGCAGAGCGGCUUCUCUCAGGGUGGGGGGGGCGGCGGCCUCGCGCCCCCCGUGUCCUACCAGCCCCACGCCCUAGGCACGAGCCAGAGCUCCCAGUCGGUGCAGUCCGGGCUGGUGCGGCACUCCCCGGCACGCGCCUCGGUGGCCAGCCAGUCCUCCUGCCGCUACAGCAGCAGCCGCCACUCGUCCCUGCGCACCUCGGCCACGGGCCUGGAGCCCUGCCGCCGCUCCUCCACCAGCCAGCUGUCCCUGCGCGCGCUGCCCACCUCCAUCCAGCUGCGCCUGGCCCCCGACCCCGCCGGCCCCUCGGCCAGCCUGUCCAGCCACAGCAUCCCGCCCUGCAAGAGGCACACGCUGGCGGGGCUGCUGGGCAGCGAGGGGCUGGGCGGCCCCGAGCCGGCGCCAGGGGGUCAUCUGGCACUGGGGUGCGUCAGCCGCCGGGAGGACAUCUCCUACAGGGUGCAGAUUGUGGAUGUCGGUCAGGUCCUGGAGACAAUCAACCUGUCCAAGCGCAAGGAGCUGCAGUGGCCUGACGAGGCUAUGCGUCUGAGAGCCGGGCGGAGCUGCUGGAGGGACUGGAGCCCCCAGGAGGGCAUGGAGGGCCAUGUGAUUCACCGCUGGGUGCCUUGUAGCAGAGAUCCAGGCAGUCGUUCCCACAUUGACAAAACCAUCCUCCUGGUGCAGAUCGAAGACAAAUUCGUGCCCAUCGUCGAGACCGGGGUCAUAGAGCUGGGUGCAGAAGUGUGAAGUGUGAGCACCUCUGAACACGGAGUUGAGAAACCACUGACAAAAGAAACACACCACCUUCCUGGUGGCGGGAGGGGGACCUGCAAACGGUAGACAUUGCCACGGUUGGAGCCUCCCAAUGAGGUGGACAAGGGAGCAUAGCCCUGUGGUGACCCAUUCUCACUCUGUAUAACACCAAUAUGCUGCAUGAAGGUUGUACUCCUGUUAACAUGUAUUAUUACUCUGAGUUGAACAUCAUGAUUUCUAUGCAUCUCAUAAUGACGUGACAGACAAAUUUUGCUUUACAGUUCUGAAGAAAAUAAGAAUAACUUUCAAUCUCUUUGCCAAAUUAAAAAAGGGUAAAAGAUCAUGCUGGUUUCUUCAUAAGAUGCAUGUUUAGCUGUUUCUGUUGCUGCCAAGACUGUUAUGGUCGAGAGGCUUUUUCCAGUUCAGGUAGUGGUGGGCACAUGACACUUCUUUUGUUUGUUCGUUUUCACUGUCAUUCCUAUUUUUGUUUGGAGUUAAAGAGGACGUGUGGCAAGGAAAACCUGCACUAUGUAUUAUUUUGUCUUUUUUACAGCAAUGCACUACAGUUUUGAGGUAAUCUCACGGUCUAUUUAUUACAGAGAGAUAAAGACAAUGAAUUUUUAAUUUGCCAUUAUUUACCAAUGCCUUGAGAAUGGAAACAUGCGGUCAUGUCAUUCUGCCAUCUUUUCUGUUAUCGUUCUGUAUUUCUUUUUCAACUUGAAAAAUUAUUUUUGUUUUUACUAUAUAUAAAUAUAUAUUAUAUGUAAUUGUAAAAAAGGAAAAGGUUUGGAAUAUUUAUUACUGUGAACAUGGUAUAUUUACAUUUUGUUACAUAUCUUUUUUUUUCAUUCAGGGGAUAAGCAAAGUUAUAUAAAUGUAUACAGGACCAUUGGUUAAGAGCAGAACUCCAAACAUCUGUUGGACUCUUUUCUGACCGAUCUAAUUUAACUUAAAGCUUUUUUUAUAAGAAAAAAAUAAAACUGUUUUGAUUUA